CUGCGGUACCCACCCGAGCUUCUCUGCGAUGCAUUUUUCCUCUGUUUUUUUUUCCCCCUCAGAGCCAUGCCAAGGUGGCAGUGCUGGGUGCCUCGGGGGGCAUCGGGCAGCCCCUGUCCCUGCUGCUGAAGAACAGCCCCCUGGUGAGCAGGCUGAGCCUGUAUGACAUCGCCCACACGCCCGGCGUGGCCGCCGACCUCAGCCACAUCGAGACCCGCGCCAGCGUCAAAGGCUUCCUGGGCCCUGAGCAGCUGCCCGAGUGCCUGAAGGGCUGUGAUGUGGUGGUCAUCCCCGCGGGGGUCCCUCGCAAGCCAGGGAUGACCCGUGAUGACCUGUUCAACACCAAUGCCAGCAUUGUUGCCACCUUGACAUCUGCCUGUGCAAAGCACUGUCCAGAAGCCAUGAUCUGCAUUAUUUCUAACCCGGUAAAUUCAACCAUCCCAAUAACUUCAGAAGUCUUCAAGAAGCAUGGUGUGUAUAAUCCCAACAGAAUCUUUGGUGUUACCACACUGGACAUUGUCAGAGCCAAUACUUUUGUGGCUGAACUGAAGGGCUUGGAUCCAGCUCGAGUGAGUGUCCCUGUUAUUGGUGGCCAUGCUGGGAAGACCAUCAUCCCUCUCAUCUCCCAGUGCACACCAAAAGUGGACUUUCCUCAGGAUCAGCUGCAAAAGCUUACAGGGAGAAUUCAAGAAGCUGGCACUGAAGUUGUCCAAGCUAAAGCAGGAGCAGGCUCUGCCACGCUGUCCAUGGCCUACGCGGGCGCGCGGUUCGUCUUCUCCCUGGUGGACGCCAUGAACGGCAAGGAGGGGGUCAUCGAGUGCGCCUUCGUGCGCUCCCAGGAGACUGAGAGCCCCUACUUCUCCACCCCUCUGCUCCUGGGGAAAAAUGGAAUUGAGAAGAACCUAGGUAUUGGCAAGAUCACCCCCUUUGAAGAGAAGAUGGUUGCUGAGGCCAUGUCUGAGCUGAAGGCUUCUAUUAAGAAAGGAGAGGACUUUGCAAAGAACUUCAAGUGAAGAGCUGAUGACGGGGAGGAAUUAACAACUUCCUUAAUUUAUUAAGGCAUCAUGUCACUUUGUGACUUCAGAUUCAGAGCUCCUGCUUUGAUCGAAGUCUGUAUUAGCUUCAUGGUUGUUGCCAGUGCAGAGCCUAAUCAUCAAUAAAUGGCCUCAUUUUUUCAGUGUACC